AUGCCAAUUCAUAAACCAUAUGCAAGUUAUAUACGUUCAUGGAAGGCAAAAUCACCAAUUAUUCAAUUACACUUGGUUUUACUAGAAAUUGAUUCAUUUCAAGAAACCAACAAACUAGAUCAUGUAAAGAAACCUUAUAAUAAUAAUAAAUCUGUUGGAUUACCAAAAUUUCGAUAUAAAUAUUUAGAACAUAAAUUGACUUUGUACUUGGUGCAUAAUGGGCAAAUUUUUAUCCCUAUUGAAGCUUUAGAAGGAAUUGAAAAAAUUAGUGAUAGAGUUAUUUGUCUAUAUUUAAAUGAUGAGGACAAAUGUUUGUACACAGCCGGAAAGAAAAAAGUAAUUACUGAAAAUAUGAAAAGUGCAAAAUCAAUUACUUUAUAUAUGCAUAAAGAUGUAUCAGAACAAGAAAUUGAUAUAGCAGGAUUGCACAUAAAUUAUAUGAUAAAAGCUAGAAAAAAUAAAUCUUACUCAAGUUGGAAAAAAAUAUCCGGGUACAGCGAGUACCGUGAAAUACCGCGAGUACAAAGGGAUAUUGACCUAUCAUCAAAUUGUUAA